GGUACUUCCCGACAGCAGCGCCUCGGAACGCGCAGGCGAAAGCAAUCUAUUCUCCGCAUCGCGCAUCCGACGGUUCCUGGCUUGCGGACACGUCUCCGAAUACUCUCUUCGGUAGCUAAUUAGGGUUGUGCCUCGGUAUCUGGGUGACGUUGACGUGGGAGUACCACACUUUGAGCUGCGUAAGUGUUGGACGAACAGGCAGUGCAUCCGGACAUAUCUCCAUCACUACCACCGUCAUAAUGUCCUCAUCACAGCGAUACCGCCGUUCUGCGAAAGAGGAGCCCACAGACGCAACUACAUCCUCCAUUCCUCCAACCUCCUCGGGCGCUCAAGAGAAAGCAGAGCUUAAGAAAGCCGUCAAGGAGCAAGCCGUUGCGACAUCAAAUGGCUUAUCCGUGCUGGACAUACUGCGCAUACUAGGUGGCGUCCUCCUAUUAAGUUGCGGGCUGAGCUAUCUGAGUACAAGCGGAGAGAGCAUGACAUGGGGAUACAAUGCAUGGUGGACUAGAGCUCGAGAGUGGAAGAGCCUUAUGCAAGGAGAACUCACCCUGACCGAUGCUGAAUUGGCUCUGUAUGACGGCAGCGACCCUUCGAAACCAAUCUACCUCGCUCUAAACGGCACAAUCUACGAUGUUUCCAUUUCGCCUACGACCUACGGACCCGGCGGCUCAUACCACUUUUUCGCGGGCAAAGACGCAGCGCGCGCCUUCCUUACGGGUUGUUUCGCCGAAGACACUGUGCCCGACCUACGCGGCGUAGAGGAAAUGUUCAUACCCGUUGACCCUGAAGAGAAAGUCGGUCUGACACCAGAAGAAAGAGAGGUGGAGAUUGAAAAGGCGCGGAAGAGGAAACCGUUGAGCAAAGGUGAAUUGAAGAACAGGCGUGCACAGGAACUCAAGAGCGCCAGGAAACAGAUGGUUGCUGGACUGGAGGGCUGGCACAUGUUGUUCCGUGGAGACAAGGGUAAGCCGUAUAGGCGGGUAGGCUAUGUUAAGAGGGAACCUGGAUGGCAGGACAAGAUGCCUAAGAGGGGCUUGUGCGAACAGGCCGAAAAGGGUAGGCCGGUCCGGAAGUAUGAAUAAUAGGUUAAGAUUGCGUCUGCAUACUAUCCUAGCCUUUGAGGUGUAGAUCCGUUGUGUAUAUACGCACAAAUUUGACUCCCGCAUCCCCAGCCUUCCUAUUGUAGAACAUGUCCAAUGACUAUUCCCAUACCCCG